CUGGGCUGAUCUCUCACUUCCUGGUUACUGCAGCUCUGGGUUUCAUUUAUUGAUUUGGAAUGAAAACUGUUUCCCGUAACUGGGUUGCAUCGGUGCAAGUAGCGCUUAGUCUUCUUGGGCUUCCGUACUCUGCUGGUACAAGUGGAAUCUGCAGGAAGAACGCCAUUAACAGGAUUCCCAGUCUCUGUUCAUCAACAUCUGUCUACAUGUCUCCUGUCGCGCACAUUAAGGCUCGUUGUCCAGUAUAUCCUGGCUCAGACACACGCCGCUUUUCUGUCCCAGAUGACAAGGUUGACUGGGAGAUAGACUGGCCCCAGUACAACCCUGUUAACUAUACGGCCUCCACUGUGCUGAAAAAGCCUGUUUGGGCUGACCCAGAGAUUGGCGCAUUUUCCCCACAGUUCAAUUCCUUGGAUGGAUCUGUGGACAGGAGAAGCCACGAGGACCCAUAUCGUAUCCAGAAUGGAAAACCACUUAAUCCACAUGGAAGAACUGGACUCGAGGGCAGAGGAUUACUGGGAAGGUGGGGUCCAAACCACGCUGCUGAUCCAAUAGUUACCAGGUGGAAAAGGGACUCGAAAGGACAACAUGUCCACCACACUACCUCACAACUACCCUUGCUGCAAUUUGUGUCCAUCAAGAGGGUGGACUGCGGUGAAUGGGCCAUCCCAGGGGGUAUGGUGGACCCCGGGGAGCGCAUUUCUCAAACAUUGGAGCGCGAGUUCUCAGAAGAGGCAUUGAACUCUCUGCAAGCAUCUGCAAGUGAGAGGGAAAAUAUCCAAAAGCGAAUCACUAAGCUUUUCAGCUCAGAAGGUCUUCAGGUGUAUAAAGGUUAUGUAGAUGAUCCAAGAAACACAGAUAAUGCUUGGAUGGAGACAGUUGCGGUCAAUUUCCAUGAUGAAUUGGGCAAUAGUGUAAGUGAGCUUCCAUUGCAAGCAGGCGAUGAUGCUGGUCAAGUGAGUUGGAUUGAUGUUGACUCCUCCUUGGACCUUUAUGCGAAUCACUUGCAUUUCCUGGAGACAGUUGCUAAGGAAAGGAAUACCCACUGGUAACUGGUAAAAACUGGAAACUGCCUUUCUGCUGUGACAUAAAUUAAGGAAAAUCUAAUCUGACUGAAGCAUAAGAAGAACUGUAGCUUGGAGACAUAAUUCAAAUGUAAACUAGAAAAAUCAGUUCUGGUGCUGGCACAUAUUAAUAUGGAGUGUGACCCGUCUCAACACUUCCAAAACUUGCAUUCCAAUAAGCAAAAUAUCUGCACUUUCUUAAAAUCCAGUAUAAAGCAUGGCUACCGAAAAUGAAGGCUUACUGAUUAUUUAAGUUAUUCUUGUUAGACUGAACUGAACACUAUUACCUGAAUAAGAACUUGGUCAGCGUAUGCAUGUACUGUCUCUGUAAUAACCAAAAGAAUAAGCCAUCUCAUACUGUGCACUUA